AUGAAAAACAACAAAAGUAAGGGGGGAAAAAAAAAGAAAGUCGAAACGGUAAAGGGUGGGAUUAUUGACAUUCCUCCUGGGAAUGUGGAUUCCCCAAAAAUUGCCCUCCAAAAUGGGGGCGGUAAAGACAAACAGAAAGGGGAAGCUAGAGAAGGCACCCAUGAAGAGGUAACUCAGCAGGAAGACCAAAACAAAUCUUGCGAUGGUCAUCAAACUGCAGAUAACAAUUUUGAAGGGGAUAAAAUGAUAAGCGCCAGCCCGUCCUCUGUAUGCGCACCUAUACAGGUGCCCCCCUCAGGGAAAAAGGUGGAAUACCCCAAAAAGGAAAGCAAUAGGAAGAAGGCACAAAAAGGAAGGAAGAUCAUCAAAAAGGAUGCCGCUGCCGCUGCCCCGGGUGAUAUGAAUAUGGAGAGCGAAAAACAAAGCAGUAAUAACAAAAAGAGGAAUAAACCGAGCACUGGGAAAAACUCCAAAAAGGAUGAAGAGAGCGGUGAACAGAAUGACAACCGAGGGGAAGACGGCAAAAAGGGGUUGGAAAAAAAGAUGCACGAGGAAGAAAAAAAUAAGACGAAAGGGGAGACUACAUACGAAGGAGCGCCCCCCAUUGAGGAACAACCCAUCAUAGGGAGAGACUUAGCGCAGAGUAGCGGAGAAAGGGAAGCCGCAAUCAUCUCACCAGAUCACCAAAUUCUGGAGAGCGAAGCCAAAAGUGAAGCAGGUAAAAAGUGUGAGGACCCCCACGUGGACUCGGAAAAUGCCAAUGGAGUGAAAAUAAAUGCAAAUAAAAAGAGGAAAAUGAACAAAAAAGGCGAAGCGGAGGGGCAAAGCGGGACGAGUAAAAAAGGCGAAGCGGAAGGGCAAAACGAAACGAGUAAACAAAACGAAACGAGUAAACAAAACGAAACGAGUAGACAAAACGAAACGAGUAAACAAAACGAAACGGGUAGACAAAACGAAACGAGUAGACAAAACGAAACGAGUAGACAAAACGAAACGAGUAGACAAAACGAAACGAGCAAGCAACGCGAAAGGAAGGAAGGCCAAGGAGCCACUCUACAGCCCGAUACGAUCAAUGACGAACGUAAGAUCCCCCCCGAGACAACCACCUUGAUCGAAAAAAAUCCCCAAAAAAAUAAUACCAAAAACGAAGCGGCAAAUAAACCAAAAGGAGCCAAAAUUACACUCAGCGAAGAAGAAACAAAAGAAAAAAUUUACAAAUAUAUGAAGCAAACGAAUAGACCCUACUCAGUUAUUAAUGUGUACGACAACCUACACGGCAGCAUCAGCAAAAAUGUCGUCCAAAAACUAAUGGACGAACUGAGUACAGAAAAAAAACUCCAGUGUAAGGAGUAUGGAAAAGCCAAAGUAUAUCUUGUCAAUCAAAGAGAAUUUAAAAGCCUAAAUAUGCAAGAAAUGGAGAAAUUAAAAAAGGACAUUGAAAUGAUGAGAGAGCAAACCGAAGUAGCCAAAAAUGAUUUUAACCAUUUUGUGAAAAUAAAAAAAAAGUUUAUUCAAGAUUUAGAGCUAGUGGAAAAUGUGGAUAAAUACAAAAAGGAGUUCCAGCUAGUGGAGGAAGAAAUAAAAAUGUACGAAGAGGCAAACAAAGCAUGCAAGCUAACUGCGGACGAAAUUGACCUGAUUAAAAACAAGCAUGGCUACUUGCACGCCAUGUGGCUUAAGAGGAAAAGCCUCUGCGUGGAAAUAAUUAAGUGCCUUGCCACCUUAACGGAUAAGGAUGCCAAGGGCGUCAUCUUCCACUUGGGCAUCGACGUCGACGAGGACGUGGUCCCGCCCAGCUUGUACUCCUAA